ACACAACUAUCAGUCUAAUACAAUAUUUUUGUGGCCCCUGAGAGGUUUCUAACGGUGGGUGUUCAACCACAACAGUUUCUUAUGGCAUGGUCCACUUCAGCUUCGGAUCUGCUUCAAUUUUAGGUUCAUGCCGUGAAUUGAUCUGAAAAAAUGGAUGGAUGGAAGGGAUAUAAAGCAAAGGCAGUAGACCUACAGUGCCCAACAGAUCACCACACCACUAAUCCGCAUCUUAUGUUACAAGGUUCGGACUAAUUUGUUCAGGAUGAGUUUUUUAUGGUAACUCAUCCGCAGGAGCAUUCUGAAUAUGAACGGUUCUGAUCACACGACCAUCUUUGCAAGUGGCCCAAUGAGGUGUGACACAUACUCGUGGCUUUACAAAGAGAAAUACAUCCAUUCUGGGUUGUUAAUGGGGUAGGUUAAAGAUGGACGGCCAUGAUUAAUAUAUCAGCCUGCAAGACCAAAGCAUCUUUCCUUCUAAACGAAGAAAAAGCCAAGGUCCCAGGCAAUUGAAAGAAAGGAUAUCACUGAGAGAAGGGCCGCUUUUAUCCUCUAUCUUUGAGUUUCGAACAAAGUGAGUGCAUUUGCUUGUGAGAAGAAGAGAGAGGCUAAGAUGAUUGCUGAGGCUAUUGUUUCCUUUGUCGUACAAAAAAUUGGAGAUUUCCUUGUCGAUGAAGGAGUUUACCUCCACGGAGUACGUGGUGAGGUGGAGUGGGUCAAAGAAGAAUUGGGGUGGAUGCAGGCCUUCUUAAAAGAUGCAGAGAGGAAACAAAAUGAUGCAAGGGUGAAGAAAUGGGUAGAUGCUGUAAGAGACAUUACUUACAAAGCGGAGGACGUCAUUGACAACCUCAUCCUUCAAGUGGGCGAUACUUCCCUUGUUAACAAACCAAUAGCUCGGCAUGAGCUAGGCAAGAAGAUGGAAGAGAUAAAGAAUGAAAUCAUUCAGAUCCGUCAGAGAAGAAAGACUUAUGGCAUUAAAAAUCUCUGCCAAGGUGGAGAAGGAAGCAGUUCCAUGAGCCAAAGUUUGCGAGAGCAGAGGCGAACCUCUCCUCUACUAGAAGAUACAGAAAUAGUUGGUUUCCAAGAAGAUGUCAAGACUGUGGUGGAGCGGUUGAUCAAGGGCGACUCACGGCUAUGUGUGAUUUCUAUAGUUGGAAUGGGUGGUCUUGGCAAGACUACUCUCGCCAGGAAAGUUUAUAAUCAUGAUACUGUUAAGAACCAUUUCGAUUGCAAUGCAUGGAUAUGUGUAUCUCAAGAAUAUGAUACAACGGAUCUGUUGCAGAGCAUUAUGAGAUGCUUCAUGAUUCCCACUAUGGAACAUCAUGGGAUGAACGCUGUUCAGUUGAAGGAGAAGCUUUUCAAGCAUCUGAAGGGGAUGAGAUUUUUUUUGGUGGUAGAUGAUAUCUGGAAGACUGAAGCAUGGAAUGCUUUAGCGGCCGCUUUUCCAGAUAUGAAUAAUGGAAGUCGAGUCCUGCUCACCACUCGCAACAGAGAAGUAGCUUCAUCUGCAGAUUGCCAGAGCUGUCUUCAUGAACUGCAACUUUUAGGAAAAGAUGAUAGCUGGAAAUUAUUCUGUAAAAAGGCAUUCUCAGCUCAAGAUAGCAAUUGCCCUAAAAAUUUAGAGGGGUUGGGAAAGGUGAUUGUGGCUAAAUGUCAUGGUCUACCGCUUGCACUCAUUGUCAUUGCAGGGCUGUUAUCAAAGAAAGAAAGGCUCCCAAGUGAGUGGGAGAAGGUACUGAAAAGCCUUAGCUGGCAAUUUGUGGAACGCGAACAACAAAUUUCAAGAAUAUUAGCUUUAAGUUAUGAAGAUCUGCCCUAUCACUUGAAGCUCUGUUUUCUCUAUAUAGGAGUUUAUCCUGAAGACCACGAGUUCUCUGCAAGACAGUUGAUUUGGUUGUGGGUUGCGGAAGGAAUUGUAUAUCCAAGAGGGGUUGAAACGUUGGAGGAAGCCGCAGAAGAUUGCCUGGUGGAGCUAAUCCAAAGAAGCCUAAUUCAAUUAGUAAAAAGAAGUUCCAUUCAGGGAGUUAAAAGCUGUCGCAUCCAUGAUCUGCUUCGAAAUCUCUCAAUCUCAAUAGCGAAGGAAGAAAAAUUUCUCGACGGGAGCACAAAUUCUCUCUCUCCAUAUAAAGCACGUCGGCAUUGUGUGCAUCAUGGCAUUGGUAAGUAUAUUUCCAUAAAACAAUCCACUCCAUGCCCUCGUUCCAUCUUGUGCUUCAGUCUAGACGGAGAAAAUCUUGUAAAGAACGAGCUGGGGCUUCUUUGCCAACGCUUUCCUUUGCUUAGGGUUUUACAUCUACACAGAAUAGAAGUAAAAGAGUUUCCAAAUGAAAUAGGCACACUUAUCCACCUGAAAUUUCUUGGCAUUACGGGGAAGGUGCGCAAUCUUCAAAGACUCCCAUCGUCGAUAGCCAAUCUUCGCAAUUUACAAACACUCGUGGUAGAUGAACAUAAUGAAAUCGAGAUACCUAGUGAUAUUUGGAAGCUGCAACAACUAAGGCAUAUAUGUGUAAACGGAACAAUUAAAGGGCCUGAAGCAGGGUUGCUCAGUUUUCCAAGCAACCUGCAAACUCUAAAAUCUAUUAGGGCAGACAACUGGAGAGAGGAUUGCCUGGGAAAGAUGAUUAAUCUUAGGAAAUUAGCAAUAUGGAGACUUGAUGUAAGUGGGCAUGGAAACCGAUUUUUGGACUGUAUUCCCGAAUUUAACCAACUCCGGUCUCUGAGGCUAGUUGUUUCUCCGUUCAGUAAUCCAUACCCAUGUCCGCCAAUUUCUAAUCUGCAGCAUCUGUAUAAGCUUCAUUUGAGCGGAACGUUUGUGAAGCUACCCGAAUCUCAUGAAUUCUCACCAAAUCUGACCAAGCUUACCUUGGAAAAGACCAGGUUAGUUCAUGACCCGAUGACGACACUAGAGAAACUAACAAACCUGCGGAUUCUCAGAUUGGUUUUUAAUUCAUGUGUGGGAAAGGAAAUGGUCUGCUCUGCAGAAGGGUUUCCUCAACUCGAGUCCCUGGAGCUUGAAGGUUUACGUCAUUUAACGGAGUGGAGAGUUGAAGUAAGAGCAAUGCGGAGUCUUUUAUAUUUACGUAUUUCUUCUUGCAAUCAAUUGAAGAUGCUUCCAGAAGGACUGCAGCAUGUGACUAAACUCAGGAAAUUGGAGCUAUCUUUUAUGCCACAGAGUUUCAAAAAUAGGCUUCGAAAUGGGGGAGAGGAUUGGCAUAAGAUUCGAGACAUUCCCUACAUCCACUUAUCCGUGGAUAAUUUGGCUUCACUUAGAUUAUAAAAGAGUGAUGAAAAAGCCCCAUACAGAGAGGACUGAGAUGUGGAAGCUGGAACAACUUCGACUGAAAUACGCUGCAGCUGGUUAUGGAGAUAAGUAUUGAGAUGUGGUAACCAAAGAUCGGCUUUCAUUCUUUGUUGCGGGCAGAUUCUAGAUAUCUCCAAAGUAAAGCUGGACAUGCCUCAACAAUUGAUCAGGAAGACGAGGGAUAGGAUUGGCAUUUGAUUCAACAUAUACGUCCAUUAACAUACAGAUAUGUUGUUGUUAUGAUGUUGUGAUUAGCAACCAAAGACAAGCUUUCCUUGUUUCGUGCACACAGAUUCAUGAUGUCUCCAAAGCAAAGACAUUGACCAUCAGAUUAGAAGUUUCAUUUGUAAGGUUUUUGGAGCAUCUUUCAUCUAUGGCAGAGCUUAUCAAAUAAAAGUUUGCAUCUCACAACUGCUGGCCCCACUUGUUUUACUUACAGAAUUGAUUCCAAACUUCUCUCUCAUAGGAGAUUGUGAUGACAACUAGAUGGAUGGGGAGAAUAUGGACUGGUGAUUCGACGAUGAUGAGAUGUUUGGAUGAUAUUUUCUAGCUUGAGGAUAUCUGUAUCUUUUGCAACCAAUCAUUUGUAUGGUACAAUGUGAUAAUAUUCAUCAUGAUACAUUCACUACUCCAAAAUAUUACACAGAAUUUUAUGUGAUGUUUGAUUUAUUUUCCCGUAUUCAUGUUUACCUGUAUUGUGCUAGUUCAAAAUUGAAAUAGAAGCAAUUUCUCUUC